GACUAUUCAUUUAAUAAUAAUAUAAGAUCAGUAUCAAUACAAUAUUUUCUCUUUUCAAUCUUAAUUCUAAUCUAACAACCUUCUAUCAUCUGAGGAACACAACACUUGAUGGGUGAUCAGUACUAUUGUUCUACCCAUGGUCUAUUUCGCUGUCAAACUUGUGGUGGGAGACCAGCACCACCACGACGGCCACAACCACCAUUACAACCACCCUUUCGUUGCGUGUAUCCAUUGAACCCACGACCACCACCACCUCCUCCGCCACAACGUCCACCACCACCACCUCCUAUGUGUCAGGUCCAUCUCUGGGUAAAUUGUCCUUAUUGUUUUCGACGCUAUUAAAUCGUUGUGCCCAUCCUUCUCCUCCUCUCUUUUGCAAUAAGCCUUUCUUAUUUAUGGAGUCAGAGUCCUUUUAUUGAUGUAUUUUUUUAUUUUUAUUUUUUUGUAUUUUUUAUUUACAUCAAACAAAUUUUUUUUUUUUUUGGGUUCAAAAACAAAAAAGAAUAAAAAAGCCUACUCUUGGUGGCUUCUUUUAAUUUAUAUGUUGUAAUAGAUAUGUUGUGUGUGUACGUCCUAGCAAAAUUCACACAGAUUCUCUGGUAUGUAUGGCAUGUGGCAAGAAUUUGUACCCUUUUUUUUUUCAAUGUACUGUUUUAUAUAUUUUAAUGAAAGAAGUAAAAAAUAGGUGGCAUAUAAGUUUAUUUAUUUAUUUUUACUUCAAAGUGCUUCAUACAUGUUUUAACAGCAAAUUGUGUUUGGAUUGUGUUUGAAACAAAUGUUUGAGUUGGGUAUUUUUAUUUAAAAAUAAAAAAAUUAACUUAUAUUUCAUUUAUUUUUUACUUUUUUUUUAACCCCUUCUACAAAUCCCAAUCUUGAAUGAUCCAAACAUAACCUUAUACAUCUUACAAAAAUGAACAAAGAUUUCCCAUCUUUCUAGAAGAAAAAAACAAAAAAGACUACGUGGGCUCCGAAAGCCCAGUAAUCGAACUUUUAAAAUUUGGACCAAUAUGAUGGUCAUAAGGCCCCAGCCCAAUGGCCUUUAGUCAUUACUAAAACCCACGUUGAGGAGGAUGGUGCAACUCCCACUAUACUGGGCCUGGGCCUAGAUUGCAAUCGAUCUCUUUUCAUGUCUUUCCUUACUUUACCUUCAGAAUUUGUCUAAUAUGUCCGACCUACUAUAGUACAUUCAUCUAAUAACAAAAUGAUACAUUAUUAUUUUGCAUAAAAUAUAAGACAAAAAAGUUGAAAGAAGUAGUUGGAUUAGGUAGAGGACAUAUAAAAAUUUGAUCUUGUUACUUUAUAAUUUGACAAAAUUUAGUUUAUAAUAAAAAUAUAUAUAUCACCCUGUCUACCAAAGAAAAUAUGAAAAAUAUUAAAUAAAAUAUAAAGUUAUAAUACCAAAUAAAAAUUAAACUAAUUACAACAAAAUAUCAUUAUCAAUAAAAUUUGAAUUUCGAAAGACAUUAAAUCUUCAUUUUCCAAAUAAACAAAUAUAACUAGAUUUGUUCAAACAGGAAAAGAAAUCAAAAUCCAAGUGCAAAUGAACGGAAAAGGAAGAUUUUUAUCUUAAUUAAAUCUUUGAGCGGAAAAAUCAAUUAGAAUCUAGUUGAAAUCAAAAUCCAUUUUUCCGCUCAAAAGUCUCAUCUAAAUUAAAAUAAAAAUCAGAUUCUAAUUUAAUUUAUAAACUUUAAUUGCCUCAAUACAUACUUUAGGGUCAUCUCCCAUGUAAAUGAACCUUUUAGCAUUCACUGGCCAAACAACUCCUCAAGCAACUUUGCAUAGUAACACUGAUGUGAAUAGUAGUUCCCGUAUCUAUUCACCAAGUGUGAGUUGAUACUUCAACUAAAUUAAAUUCACAACAAACAAAAAAUAGAAAUUGUUACCUUUCUUUGCAAGCUACUAAUGGUACUAGAGGACAAUCUUUCUUCACAUGACUAACAUUGUAACAACCUCGAUCCGUGAUUAGCCCAUGAUCCUUGAUUAAGACUACUAAUAUGUAAUCCUUGAUCAAGACUACUAAUACGUAAUUAAGAUGAAAAUUUUACGUUAAUUGUAUAUGUUAUAUGUUAUUUGCAUUUAUAUUUGUCUGUCGUAGAAAGAUUUGUCUGUGUUUAUAUUUUUUUAUGCAAAUGAAGGCCUUAUCGGCAUUCGAUCACGAAAUUGACUUGAUAUAUGUGUUAUUUAAAAUUUUUAGAAAAUUUUGGUGGGUUUAAUUGAAAUUCGAUUCUAAACAAAUUAAUUAGAAUAAAAUAAUGUCAAUUGAUUAACUUUAACUAAGUUUAAUUGAGCUUCCGAAUCAAGCCUAUAUAAGGCUUAUACAACACUUUAGAAGUAUCUCAUCUUCAUCAUUUUGAGCCUCAAAAUGUGUGUGUGUGUGUGUGUGUGUGUGUGUGUGAGAGAGAGAGAGAGAGAGAGAGAGAGAGAGAGACUUAGGAAAAUUGAGUUCAAAACUUGAAUAUUGUAGACACUUGAAGGAUUUGACUUGCAAACUCAAACAAUUAGCCAACUAGAGCUCAAUUAAGCAUCUAAGGUAAGAAUUCAAGCCUCUAAUUUUGUAAUUUAGUUGGUUAAUGCAUGCAUUCAAGGGAAUUAAGCUAUGAAAUGCAUGCCUUGAACUGAGAAAGUAAGAAAGAAGAGUUAACCAUGCAUGUAUGUGCAUUUCAUGGAGUUUUAAAGUUGUUUUCAAAAGAUUUCUCUUAUCCAUGUGGUAAUUCUAGCUUGGUUUUAAGAAUUCAUAACAUUUCUAACCAUUUGACCUCAAUUGAUCAUGUUUUGGAAGGUUGAGUUCAUAACAAUUCAUGCAUGUUAUGUUUUGAAAGUUUCAAGUUUGGUUUUGCAUAAUUGGCAUGCUUUUAGGCUUUGAUUUUGCGAAAUGGCUUUCAAAUCAUGAACUUCUAUAAGUUUACAAGUGUUUCCUCAAGUUUUGGCCCAAAAGAACAUGUUUAGAACUUCAAUUUGGAAAUUCUAGAAUUUUGUAUCAUCGCUUGAGCGAGAAAAAGUUGGCUCGAGCAUAAAAUUCAUGCUUCCAGAAGUUUUGCAAGAUUUUGCAGACCGCUCGAGCAACCGAAGUUGCGCUCGAGCGAAGACCCUAUUUACUUAGCCUUUGGCUCGAGUGAUCGUUGAGCGGAAAAAUCAUUCAACCAGUACUUUUGUAGACUUUGAACUCAACUUUUGGUUUAUCUAUAAGGGGGUGACGUAAGACUAGUGUAAUUAUGACAUCACAUAUUGUAUAUCAAUAUAAGUUUUAAAUUUUCUUGUCCCGUGUAUGUCUACACAACUCUAUAGAUGUUGUAUGUUUAUAAUUAUUUCGCUAGCUCCUGAUUAUACGUUAAUCUGUUCAGAGGCCUUCAGUAAUCCCUGCAUUAUUGGCCGGUUACGAUGCUAAACGCAUAAGGUCGGGUUUUGAUCGUGACAGAGUGGUAUCAGAGCACGUGUUAUAUCGCACGCACAAGUCCAUAUGAGCUAUAUGAUGACCUAGAAAAGAGUUAUGGACAUUACAUCUGCAUGUCAGAUGAAAAAUCCAAGAACUGAUGAAAUAGUUGAAUCCUCUAAGGCCCGAAUGAACCACAUUGAACGGAUGUUAGAAGCUUUAACAGAAGCAAUGAUGCAACAACAAAGACAACAAUCUCUGUCUCCUCCACCCCCUUUGGUGCAAGUGGAACCAGUAAAUAAUGAAAUCAUCAGCUUGACUCAGAAGUUCAAUAAAAUGAAACCACCGACUUUCUUGGGUGGAAUUGAACCUUUAAAAACUGAAACAUGGAUACUAGAAAUUGAAAAACUAUUUGAAGUCUUUCCAUGUGCUGAAACUCAAAAAGUUUUGUUAGCAACUUACACUUUGAAAGACGAAGCCCAGCCCCGGUGGAUGCUUAUCCGAGAUAACAGUGGGACUUUAACUUGGGAUCAAUUCAGAGAGAUUUUCUAUGAGAAAUACUUCCCUCAAUGCUUCCAAGACAGAAAAGUGUCUGAAUUCCAAGAACAUAAGUAUGGCAAUAUGUCAAUAGCAGAGUACGAAGCCAAGUUUACCGAAUUGGCCCAGUUUGCUCCACACAUGGUGGAUACUAAUUACAAAAAGGUUCAAAAAUUUGAAGGAGGCUUGACUUUAGAAGUGUUGAAUGUGAUGUUUGGGAAGUACUUUUUGACUUUUUUGGGUUUUUUGACUUUUUUUGUGAGAGAAGAAUAUAAUGAUUAUGGGUUGGAUGUGAUAUUUUGUUGGUUGUGACUAAAAUAGCCUAUUUUGUUUUAUGUGACUAUAAUAGUCAAAAAACCUACAAACCUUCUUCCCAAACGGUGCUUAAUCGUCCCCAAACUUUUUAUUAUAGUCAACUAAGCCUAGAAAAAAAAUGACAAACUAGUAACAAAUAAAAGAAAACAAAUAAACAAUUAUGCUUGUGCGACUUUGCUGCGA